AUGGCAAUUUUGUCAUCGUGCGUAGCCUCAGGAUUCAGUUGUUUGAAGGAUGUUCACCCAGGGAAUUGUACCUGCCAUCACUUUGGUCGAGUACGAGUUCGUGUCAAGUGCACUGGUAUAACACAAGUACCCAGUAACUUGCCUGAAUAUACGGUGUCUCUGAAUCUUUCAAACAACCGUUUGAAAUCUAUACCGGAGGAAGCCUUCUCAAAUCUGAAAUUGCUUAGGGUUAUAGAUCUAUCGCAAAACGAGUUAAGGGCAAUUCCGAAGAACACUUUCCGAAAUCUGACGGCUUUGUCAAACGUAUGUAUCUACCAGAACAACAUCAAAGGUGGAUUUUUCCUUCCUAAAAGCGUAGUAAAACUACAGAUAUCUAACAACGACCUAACGUUGGACGACAUGAAAGAGAUUUUGCAAAAUUCUAAGGAUAUCGCUUUCCUAAAUAUUCGAUUGGCAAAUUUGACAAAAAUUGCUGAUGGAGCGUUCAACUCUUUAAGUAAACUCAGUGACUUGCGGUUAGACGACAACAACUUAACAUCUGUGCCCGACUUGACUGGCCUUAAGACGGUGGAGUUAAUGUCUCUGAGGGAAAAUCAGAUCGAGCAGCUACCAGCCGAGGUGUUCCAGAAUGUGAACGUACUGUACGCUUUAGAUUUGUCUUUCAACAAUAAGCUCUCGUCCAUACCAGAUCGUGCGUUUUCUGGCCUCAAGCAAUUGGAAGUAUUGUUUCUGCACUUCAACAACAUCUCAAAAAUUAGCAGCCUUACCUUUGCUGGGCUUAGAAAUCUGAAGAUGCUGUUUUUACAUGGAAACCGAAUCAAAAACAUUGAUGCGAAUGCUUUUCGCGGCCUCACUGAUCUGCGUUUGGUAGCUCUCUCCUGCAAAACCCUCAAAGAGCUUCCUCGAGGGAUAAACGAGGCAAGAGUUGUAUGUGCUCCAACAGAAUCUUUGUUUGUAAUCGUCUCUUACCGAGAACGCCGCUAUCAGCGGGAUGGUCUUCUAGCCUCCGGCUUUAUGUGUCCUAAAUGCAGAAAGGAGGUCUAUCCCAGAUGCCUUAAUUGUAGCCUUUGCUCGACGGGCACCUACAGCAGCCGUGAUACUACGAAUACACAUUGCUUGAGGUGCCCUGCAGGAGGCUUUUACCAAGACGAAAUGGGCCAAAUUGACUGUAAGACCUGCUCCAUUGGCACUUAUGUUCCUGAGAUUAACUACCCUGGAAAAUCCGCGACUGACUGUCGUGCAUGCCCUUACGGUACUAACACUAAUGAAAUCGCUGGUUACCGUGCAUGUCGAUGCCUCCAUAAAUUCUACCGCUUGGAUCGUUUUGGCCCAUGCAAAUCGUGUCCAUAUCAUGGAAUGAACUGUGAGAAUGAUACUGCAAUAUUAGCACCAAAUUACUUUUGGAAAUGGAACAGCUCCGAAAAAAUGGAAUCUUACAGAAGUUUCGUCCAAAACAUCCAAAUUACCACAGCUGAGUAUAAUAAAACCUUCUCCACUUUUGAGGGACUGUUGCCAAAGCCUCUGAAGUGCCCUUAUCCAGACUCAUGUAAGGGCGGAAUAAACUCAACGUGUAGCACUGGCUACCAGGGUACCCUCUGUGCAGCAUGUUCCUCGUACCAUUAUCUUAGAUUCAACAGAUGUUUAAAAUGUCCCAAGUUGGUGGUCACAGUCAUUUCUUGUGGUCUGAUACUUUUGUUCUUUGUCCUGCUGUUUGUGAUUGUUUUCAAGUGCGACUCAAGACGAACAGGAGACAAUCGUUUUGUUGCAGAUGUCGUUAUGUCCUGCAUUAAGAUCAUUAUUGGAUUCUAUCAAGUUCUUGCUGGUAUUUUUUCAGCUUUGCUGCAUGUACAGUGGCCAAUGGUUAUUUUAUCUGCGGCGAAAUGCUUGAAAUUUGUUGAAGGAAAUAUUUUACAGUUCGCACCUCUGAGUUGCAUUCACCCUGUGCUCCGCUUGGACCCAUUUAUUCAAUUUGUCCUCGCUGUUACUAUAAACGUCUUUGCUGUCUCUUUAAUACUGCUUUACCUCUUCUUUAAAAUGCUUCUCCUUAACAGGAUGGAGAAUUCCACUGAAGAAAGCAAUUCCAAUUUUAUAGCGAGAAACACCUUAGAAAGAAUGGAGGAUACCACAGCAGAAAAUGCCUUAUAUGGAAUUGAGAAUUCCAUGCUAGAGAGUACUUCGGCGUGCUCAAGGGGGGAAUCCAAACGGGAAAAAAUCUCAAACUUGAAGAAGUCUUGCUACCGAAACAUCUUUUUAUUUCUCCUGUUGUCUUAUCCAAUAACAAGUAAGAAGAUUAUAAACAUUCUGCCCCUGCCAGGAGCGUGUGUCAAGGUGUGUUUCUUGAAUGAUGACAACGAUUGUAUUUCUCUACUGAAGGCCGACUAUUCCAUUCCUUGUUCUACCUCUCGACACAGUGACUUUUGGCACAUCGCUGCUGGGUUUGCACUGUAUCCCAUCGCCUUCCCAAUUCUGCUGCUGGCACUCCUUUGGAAAUGUCGAAAAUACCCGCAAAAACACAAACAGUUUAACUUUGGCUUGAAAGUGUUCUAUGAGAACUAUAAGGACAAGUAUUGGUUCUGGGAGAUAGUUGAGAUGUACCGGAAGCUGAUCUUUAUUUCAGUCAUUCUUCUGUUCGACUCCGAAAGCGAUUCUCAAAUUGGCUUUGCUGUGAUCGCAGCAAGUGCAUCAGGAAUUGUGUACACCAUCUUUCGACCGAUGAAAGACAAGUUUGAAGAUCGACUACAAACAUUUGUGCUUUGGAUAAUAUUCUUUAAUGUCUGUCUUGGUGCAGUUUAUUCACGGCCCAUCUUGAACGAGGGGCAUGGAGAUAACAAUUCGUUAUUUGUAAAUGUGAUGUUUUUGAUUCUCAACUGUGCCGUGUUGGUUGUGGCAGUUGGAAAGGGUCUUUUCCAUUUGAUACAUGGCUGUCGACGCAAAAGAGACCCAGAUUAUGAGGUCCUGGAGCCAAUCUUGGGGGAGGAAGACCAUAUUGCAGAGUAA